GAAGAAAGACAGAAACGAACACAUCAAAAAACGGAUCUGCUGCUGCUAGCGAGCGAGGCGAGGCUAGCAAGAUCCCUCCAUUUGUAGUGAAUUUGUCAAAGCAAAAGGAAGCAUCAUCGCGUUUCCAGAUCUGUGGUGAAACGCAGUUUGGCUUGAUUUUGCAAGAUUGUGUUAAAUUUCAAUGCAGCAAAUACUUAAAGCAUGCAGCACCUUCCAGUGGCACUAAAAUGCGGAUUUGAUAGCUAGUUAAAACCGCUAAUUUUUGAAUUGCGGCACUCGGAAAGGAUCACGGAAGAGUCUUCAAGAGCCAUCGUCGCCAACGGUAAGAACAAAAAGAAGCGAACGCGGGAGAGAGCCGAAAGCGCACUGGAGCGAGCAGGACGGCAAAGAGAUAAAUACGAAAAAAGUCAACGGUAACGAAUCUCGGAAUUCCAAACAGCCAUCGGAAAGAAGAAGCGAUCUUUUUAAAUCGCAGAAAAAAAUCGAUCCAAGUCGCCCUUUGCUGGAAGAACAAUAAAAGACUCCCGCAAAAAUCACAAUAGAUCGUCUUCGGUGGGAACUCAAUUGUUGAGAUAAAAAAAAAGUCAGCGAACCAACAACUGCACGAGAAACAUGGCGACGUUCCGCAUUCAUGAGGAUCUGGAGAAGGAGAACCGUGUUUUGGCUCCGAUUGCUCCCGUUGGCAAGGCUCCGGCCGGAUUAGGUCUGAAGGUUCAGGCUACCAACAACAUCAACCAGCAACAACGGUCCACCUUCGGGGUGCUGAACAAGCUAGCUGUUGUCAACAAUGGACGUGAGCUGCAUGCGGAAAAAGCGGUUUUGAAAGACCCGAAGCUUCGGAUUAAGCCCGCAGUGGUGCCGGUGGUUAAAGGCAAAUCGGCGGACGAAAACGAAUGCCAGCAGCCGGUGCAGGUAAACAAAGUCAACCUGAAGCAGGCGGAACCCUUCAAAGCCUUCCAGGUUUACGAUGACUCCAAGGAAAAUAAUACCGACAUCCAAAAGAAGGAGCCAGAAGCCAAACGAGAACCGCUGCAGGAGCUAAAAAAUGCCGACCUGCUGGAAACGCCAAUGUCCGUGGGGGAGAGUUUCUCUCCCAUGUCGGUGGACAAAUCGGUAGUGCUGAUCGAAGAUACUAGUAUCAUCGCACCGCGGAAUGAUCGUGAGCGGUUCUUCGAGGUCGAAGAGUACCAAUCGGACAUCCUGAAGUAUCUGAAGGAAGCGGAAAAGCGUCAUCGUCCGAAGCCAGCCUACAUGAAGAAACAGCCGGACAUUAACCAUUCGAUGCGCACCAUCCUGGUGGAUUGGCUUGUCGAGGUUUGUGAAGAGUACCGUCUUCAGGGGGAAACCCUCUGUCUGGCUAUUUCCUAUAUCGAUCGAUUCCUCAGCUUCAUGUCGGUGGUGCGCGCCAAACUGCAGCUGGUCGGUACAGCUGCCAUGUUCAUUGCUGCCAAGUACGAGGAAAUCUACCCGCCCGAUGUGGGAGAGUUUGUGUACAUCACCGACGAUACCUACACCAAGACGCAGGUGCUGCGGAUGGAACAGCUUAUCCUGAAGGUACUCGGGUUCGAUUUGUCCGUACCAACCACGUUGGUAUUCACCACCCUGUACUGCGUGAUGAACGACGUCCCGGAUAAGGUGAAAUACAUGUGCAUGUAUCUCUGUGAACUUUCCCUCCUGGAUGCCGAUCCUUAUCUUACCUACCUGCCGUCAAAAAUUUCGGCCGGAGCGCUCGCUCUCUCCCGCUACUCGCUCGAUUUGCCCAUUUGGUCCCGAAUGCUGGAAACGAACACCGGCUACCGGUUGGAGGACCUCAAGGAUAUCAUUCUAGAUCUUAACAAAACCCACCAGAAGGCAGAAUCGCUGGCCCAGCAAGCGAUCCAGGAGAAAUUCAAGGGCAGCAAAUAUUUGCAAGUGGCCACUGUCCCAGCGACCGAAAUUUCGGAAGAAAUGUUCGACAACAUGUGCAAAUCACUUGCAGCAGCCGCCGCCUCCAGUGAAGAUCAACAUGAGGUCAGUUCCACCUCCAACCCGCAGACCGUUGCCGUGAGUCAUAACGAUUCCAUGAGGGAAAUGAUGUCGUCCCUUUUGUUUGUAUAAGUACAGCACAGCACAUUUCAUUUGCUAAGUCCCGUUUUUUCGCCAAAAGUCUCUUAUUUCUCGCACCAGUAAGAAAUAAGUGUUCAUUUAUGUUUUUAUAGGUUUAUUGACCGAUUUUCUGUUUGUUUCUAAAGCACCCUUUUUUUCAACUGCUCUAAUUCCGUUGGUAUAUUUUAUGCCCCUAUUGACGAAUUAAUAUUUAUGUUAACCAAAACAUGCAGCCUCUGAAUCUUUUAAUUUAAAAAAACAAAUAAAAUCUAGCUGGCGAUACCAUGCCACUAUUUAGCUUUUUUGAACGAUGGCAAUGAUACAAAAAGGUAUAAAACACAAAAACGACAACAUGUAUUUAACUAGUGGAAGCAAAUUGAAUGUUAGAUAUAGAAACUAUCCGAAGGGAACGCGUUUAGCUUAUUGAAGAAUUUAAUUCCUUUUGUAGAUUAAUCGCCAACUUAUAAGUAGUAAUACAUUUAGGUACUUUAAGAAAAUUCAACAUAAUUUUCCCUCUCUCUGACAUCAUCUUUUCGGUAUUACCCCAGUAUGCUUUUGAGAGAAACGACAAUAAAAAAUGUUCAACCCAUUUCAGUUCACCAAUUAUAAAUUAUAUAAACCGCAAUAGAGGUAUCCUUUGAUACAAUAAGUGAACCUAAAGAACAAAAAAUAACAUGAUUCAUUAUAACGUGAAAUUGUAUCAGCUAAAUUGAAUGUCGUAAAGUUAAAAAACUACAAUAUGCUGCCAAGGUGCGCUGCCACUCAAACGUAAUAGCUGUUAAGCAAAUUUUAACCAUAACGUUACAAAACAAACCGAUUUUCAAACAUAUUUCUUGGGCGCCAAUUUCUCCAAACCAAUUACGCUUAACCCCUCUGAUGAUAGCCUUUGGGGGAAUCAAUCGGGAUGAAUUGUACUGUACCUACCUGAUAAACUCUAACUAACGACCUAAGUGUGACGCAUUAUUUUCUGUAGGUAGGUAAGGAAAUGUUUUUAACCGCAGCUCCAGCCAGCCCGAAGAUCGCCGAGAUGCCUCGAAUGAAUGGCAAUCAAAUUUUAAGUGUUUCUCUUUUAACAAAUUCGUGGUAGGAUUAUUUAUAAGCACUCACUAGGGCAAUUGAUUUUUUUUAACAAUAAUAUAAAUCUGCACAAUACAAUGACUAACCUUCGCGGUACCGAAUAUAAUGAUGGUCAAAUAAAAAUGAAACUUUGCACAAGU